AUGGGCCCCUGUACCGCCUCCUCAUGCUGCUGCCAGGCCCCUAAUCUGCCAUGGGCCCCCGUACCGACUCCUCAUGCUGCUGCCAGGCCCGUAAUCUGUCAUGGGCCCCUGUACCGCCUCCUCAUGCUGCUGCCCCAAAGUGUGUCAUGGGUCCCUGUACGGCCUCCCAUUGCUGCUGUCUCCAUCGCCACCACACUCUGCCAUGUGCCACUUUCAGGUCUCCUCACACUGCUGUGGUGGUUUCCAUUUUUGUCAUAGGGUGCUGUAUGGCCUCCCAUUGCUGCUGCCUCCACCGCCACAGCUGUGGCUCCACACUCUGGUUUUGGCCCCGUGACUGCCCAAAUGAGUGAAGUGUGCGGUGAUUCUAAGAUCGACGGCACUCAUCUGCAUGUCAUACUGACUGUCAGUAUUAUUUCUCUUCCCCAGCAGACUCCAAGGGCAUUUAAAUUAAAGGUACAGUGUUCUGCACUAAUAUAA